CUGUCAUCCAGACAUGGAAAGAAAACAAUGACAGGACAGCUCUUUUUUUACAAUAAAUUGCAAUUAUUGUUCCCCUUUUUCCUCUCCUGCAACAAAGCAAACAAGUUGAGUAGUAUGGAUUCGUCUCAGGGAAGCUCAGCUGCUACUAGUACACUACAAAAGAUUGUGAUUCCUAACAGCAACAACGAGAAGCUGGUGGGUCUGCUUCAUGAUACUGGUUCUACUGAAAUUGUUGUCUUGUGCCAUGGCUGUCUAUCAAACAAGAAUGACCCAAUCAUCAAAUAUGUUGCUGCUGCUAUAGAAAAAGAAGGGAUUAGCGCUUUCCGUUUUGAUUUCUCUGGGAAUGGAGAGAGUGAAGGCAGUUUCUAUUUUGGUAACUACAACUAUGAAGCUGAUGAUCUACGUUCUGUUAUCCAAUACUUCACUAACAUGAACCGAGUGGUUCCUAUCAUUCUUGGCCACAGUAAAGGUGGUAAUGUGGUCCUUGUUUAUGCCUCCAAGUAUCACGAUAUCAGCAGUGUAAUCAAUCUCACUGGAUAUUCUGAUAUGAAGAAAGACUUAGUAAGGCGUCUUGGGGAAAAUUAUUUGGAAAGAAUUAAGCAACAAGGAUUCAUUGAUGCUAGGGAAGGUACUGCCGUACUGUUAUGGCUCAUUACUUUUACUGUACUGUCUCAGAUCAGUUAUCUAGUACUGUCUUUAUCGAUGCGCUGGUCUGUUGUUACAGAAUGGCGUAAUAUAAAGGUUAUCGACUAUCGUGUUACCAAGGAGAGCUUAAUGGAAAGGUUAAACACUAAUAUGCAUGAAAUUUGCCUCAAGAUUGACAAAGAAUGCAGGGUCUUGACAGUUUAUGGAUCGGCUGAUGAGGUAAUACCUCUGGAAGAUGCCAAGGCGUUUGAGAAGAUCAUACCCAACCACAAGCUGGAGAUUGUUGAAGGAGCUGAUCAUUGUUAUCACGAACAUCUAAGUCAGCUAGCUACAACAGUUAUGGAGUUCAUAAAGACAGUCAUUGUGAACAACUAGUUUUUUUCUCUCCCUCUCUCUCUCUUUGAGUAAUGUUCAUGAUGCCAUAACCAUACAUUUUCCAAACUCAGUCCGCAUUUUGGUUUGUUUUUGGGUUUAUGAAUAAUGGUAACCAAAAUAAAAUUCUUUGUUAAUGACUCA